AUGGCAUCAAUAAUGUUAUCCGCGGAUGGGAUGGACUGGGAUGGCAAUUGCUCGGAAAGUGAGCUCUCUUCAUGUGGCACUUAUUCAUCGGAUGGAUUCGAUGGGGAUGAUGAGCUGUCGGACUGGUUUGAAGCCAAGAAUAUCGAGGGCGCAGUGAAUCCUUCCCCUUCACAGGCACUACCGAAACAGCAGCGCUUCAUGAAGUAA